CUUGGCCAUACCUGGAAGUAUAGGGUAUUUUCAUUUGCUCCCAACAGCGAAACUGAGCUAAUAGGACAGCAAAAGGCAGAUGAUUGGUCAACUGAUUUCUUUCAACACCAUGGGCGGACUGACAACUCAUGGGGCCCCCAGGCAAUAGGGGAUCAUGGGGCCCCUGUGCCAUUGCCCAAGCUCAAAAAAGCCUAUGAAAAAGGUACCAGGGGCAUCUCAUGGGGCCCCCUACUGACCCUGGGCCCUCGGGCAGUGCCCUAGUUUCCAAAUGGUCAGUCCACCCCUGGU